AUGGCUUCCACUACUAGCCGUGCCGACUUCGAGGCUGUCUUCCCUAAACUGGCUGAGGAUAUUCUCGCUCAUGCUAAGAAGUACAACCUCCCCGCUAAUGCUCUCGAGUGGCUCACAAAGAACCUGAACGUCAACGUCCCUGGUGGAAAGUUGAACCGUGGUCUCUCUUGCCCCGAUACCGGUCUCGCCCUUCUCGAGAAGCCCCUGAGCGCCAAACAAUUCGAGGACCUGAGCGUGCUGGGAUGGCUCACCGAGCUGCUCCAGGCUUUCUUCCUGGUUAGCGAUGAUAUUAUGGAUAGCUCAGUUACUCGCCGUGGCCAGCCCUGUUGGUACCGUCAGGAGGGUGUUGGCAUGAUCGCCAUCAACGACGCCUUCCUGUUGGAGUCCGCUAUCUACCUCAUCCUUAAGGAGCGCUUCCGUUCCCACCCCGCCUAUAUCGAUCUCGUCGAGCUCUUCCACGAGACCACGUGGCAGACCGAGCUGGGUCAGCUUUGCGAUCUGAUCACCGCUCCCGAAGAUAACGUCAACCUCGACAACUUCUCCAUGGAGAAGUACAUGUUCAUCGUUACCUACAAGACUGCCUACUACAGCUUCUACCUCCCUGUUGCCCUCGCCCUGCUCUACCUUGAGUUGGCUUCCCCCGAGAACCUCAAGGAGGUCCACGAUAUCCUGAUCCCUCUGGGUCAGUACUUCCAGAUCCAGGAUGACUACUUGGACAACUUCGGUGACCCAGCUUUCAUUGGCAAGAUCGGUACCGAUAUCCAAGACAACAAGUGCUCUUGGUUGAUCAACCAGGCCAUCCAGCGUGCCACUCCUGCGCAGCGCGUUGUUCUCGAUGAGGCCUACGGCCGCAAGGACGCGGCCCAGGAGGCCAAGGUCAAGGCUGUGUACAACGAGAUGGAGCUGGAGAAGCUCUACAAGGAGUACGAGGAGAAGAUUGUCAAUGAGCUCCGUACCAAGAUCGCCGCCGUUGAUGAGAGCAAGGGCCUGAAGAAGGCUGUCCUUGAUUCCUUCCUGGCCAAGAUCUACAAGCGCACCAAAUAG